AGAACAGAGUGGAGUUUGUUGUCGAAGAAGGAGGAAGGCAGUGUAGAGGGGAGGAAGGCAGUAUAGAGGGGGGGAACUGCUAUUGAAAACAUAACUGUGAAGAAUUUAGGGGUUUUCAACAUGGCCUCAGAUGAUACCCUGUACAUCGAAACGGACGGCUCGGAGAUGCCAGCCGAAAUAGUGGAACUUCAUGAAAUCGAAGUGGAGACAAUCGAGACAACAGUUGUUGGAGAGGACGACGAUGAACAGCCUAUGAUCGCGUUACAGCCCCUCGACUCAGAUGAUCCACACUCAAUGCAUCACCAGGAGGUAAUAUUGGUGCAAACCCGAGAAGAGGUGGUUGGUGAAGAUGAUUCGGACAUGCGGGACGAUGAUUACGAGGACCAAAUUCUUAUACCUGUCCCAGUCCCUGCCGCGGAAGAGGAAUACAUCGAACAGACUCUGGUGACUGUCGCUGGGAAGAGCUCGGGGCGGAUGAAGAAGGGGGGAAGCGGGAAGAGAAAUAAAAAGAGCUACUUGGGUGCACCGGAGUCCAGUGGUAGAAAAUGGGAACAGAAACAAGUCCAGAUAAAGACUUUGGAAGGAGAGUUUUCGGUGACGAUGUGGGCAUCGGAUGACAAGAAGGACAUUGACCAUGACACUAUGGUGGAGGAGCACGUCAUUGGGGAUAAUUCCCCUCCUGAUUACUCAGAGUACAUGACAGGGAAGAAGCUCCCGCCCGGGGGCAUCCCAGGGAUCGACCUGUCAGACCCCAAACAGCUGGCAGAGUUCGCUAGGAUGAAGCCACGGAAAAUAAAGGAGGACGACUCUCCCAGGACGAUAGCUUGCCCCCACAAAGGAUGCACUAAAAUGUUCAGGGAUAACUCUGCGAUGAGGAAGCACUUACACACGCAUGGACCACGUGUUCACGUCUGCGCCGAAUGUGGAAAGGCCUUUGUCGAAAGCUCCAAACUGAAGAGGCAUCAACUUGUUCAUACCGGAGAGAAGCCUUUCCAAUGCACAUUUGAGGGCUGCGGAAAGCGGUUCUCCCUGGACUUUAACUUACGCACGCAUGUGCGGAUUCACACUGGAGACCGACCCUACGUCUGUCCAUUCGACGGCUGCAACAAGAAGUUUGCCCAAUCCACCAACCUCAAGUCUCACAUCCUCACACACGCUAAAGCUAAAAACAAUCAGUGACUGAACCAACCAACCACCGUGAGGAUACCCCCCCCCAUAUCUUCACCACGGCAGAAGCGUCACACCCCCUAAGAGCUAUGAAAUCCCCUUUGUAUUGUUUCUAGGAAAAUGUUUUGAGAGAAUGACCUUACUGACUUUUUGAUAUGUACAGAGAUUAUUAGGAACUCUAAAGAUGCUUCACUCCCCCCUCCUACCCUUUUAUCUUGGCACGAUCCUGAAGGAAAAGCAUAAAGUUUCUCCUUGGGAAGAUGUUAAUUUCUUGGACCUGUACCCGAAAAGAAAAAGUUAUUUAAAAACUGCAGCACCCAAAGAGAAAGAAUCGACAUUUAAAGUUAAAAGUUCUUCUCCAUCAGCAUCUCGAAAGAAUAGCUUUUUAAUUUUGUACGGUUUUUUUCUAAGUGUGCAUGUUGUACACUUUCUCUGGCUGAGCUGUUUUAUGUGUGUUUUCCCAGAGAAAUCUGUGAUAACUCUUACAUGGAGAAUUUGCUGUUUAUUGUACCUCCCUGCUUUUCCCCUUGUAAAAUGUUUUUUUUUUUUUUGGGGGGGGGGGUAUUCAUUUUGUAUAAUUGUGACGGACAGAUAUAUUGGAAUUGUGUAGAUAAUAGCAAUGUAAUUUAAGUAGUGUUAACGGAUUAAACUGUUUUAUUUUCCCCCCCUGCACGGCCAGAGAGCACAUCGUGUCAUGUCCAUCAAAUCCUUUGUUUAGUUGAACACACAAUACAACCAGAAGUGGUGCUCAGUUGCAUCAUUAGAAUGUAUUGUACAGGCAGCAUUAACUUUUGCUAAAAUGUACCUUCCCAAUAAGUUGCCAAUACAAACCUGCCCAUUAGCAAGCACUUAUUAGAAUUUUGUUUCAGAAUUCCUAUUUUAUGUAGUGUUAAGUUGUAAUUGAUUAAAGUCAUUUUGAAUGUGACAUUUACCAUUGGUAGAGACCGCUCCAAACUGGUACCAACAUUUUAAUAAAAUGGUUGACAGGAACUUGUAACAUGUUGUACCAUGUAAAAAUAUAUGACCGGUAUUUUCAGUAAAUGGUCCGUGUGGAUUUUUGCUCUUUA